AUAGCCCUUUAGUCCAAAAUGAUGCAUCCCAUAAUUCAGGAAGUGUUUAAAUAUCAUAUUCUCUUAAUACAGGAGAUGUUUUCCAGUUCCGCUUGUCUGAGUCUUGGUUGAUCAGAAUGUGGGAUGUCCGCACUGCAGUCUGUUAUCACCAAAAGAGACCAUUUUGUAUCCAUAUUGGCUUUUGGUGGAUCCAGAGAGAAAUAUGAAAGUUUGCUUGACUAUCUUCUCUCUUGGGAGGUCCUUAACUGGGAGGAAUAUGAGAAAGUUAGUAUCUUAGGUCAACCCUUGUCCAGUCUGGUCAGAGAACUUUUAGAUAUUCUUACCUGCAAAGGCGAAGAUGGUUGCAGACUGUUCUUAGAUGCUCUUGAUGAAAUGGCGAAUGGACCCCAUGAGGAUGGAAACUGUCUACACACUCCAGAGGACCUCUCUAAAGUGUUGUCAUAUCUGCGACGUGAGCGUCCACGGAUUGUCAGAAAAAUCCAUAACCAUAUAGAUGAGAUUUUUAAUCAUCUUGUUACGCAAGACUGCAUGUCAAAAUAUGAAGCUGAUAGCUUACAAUUGCCAAUCUACUCCCCGUCGCAAAAGGCAAGAAGACUCAUUGAUCUUCUGUGGGGAAAGGGAAAUGAAUCAGCAAGAUGCCUAAUAAGUUUUAUACAGCACUUACAACAUGGAAUGACUCAACUGUCUCAUGUUGAUCUAGGAUAUCAGAAAAAAAUGAAGUCUGUCAUAGCAGCUCAGUCUCAAUAUCUCAGUACGUAUGAUGGAGGGGCAAAUAUGUGCCUGGAGAGUAUUUAUACGGAGAAUGUUCUGGAGUUGGGCAAGAGCUCCACCAAAACUGAUUUUGUUCAGAGCCCCCAAAACCCUUUAAGUCUGCUUGAUAUUUUUAAUGCCGAUGGACUAAUUAAUAAAAAUGCUGACACAGUCCUUUUACUUGGAGACGCAGGCAGUGGCAAAACAACAUUGCUCCAUCAAAUACAUUGCCUGUGGGCUGAAGGACAGGCAUUCCACAAUUUCUGCUACAUCUUUCCAUUUAGUUGUCGAAAACUCUGUUGCAUCUCAGAUAUGGUUUCCUUACAAACGCUCUUGUUCGACCACUGUUGUUGGCCAGAUCAAUCAAAGGAAGAUAUAUUUAGUUUCAUAUUGUCCAGUCCAAGUCGAGUUCUAUUCACCUUUGAUGGAUUUGAUGAAUUUAAGUUUGCCUUCAUGGAUGAUCACAAGCAUUGUUCUCCUACUAAUCCUACAAGUAUAGGCACCCUUGUGUUCAACUUACUCCAAGGAAAUCUAAUGAAGGAUUCUAUUAAAAUGGUGACCAGCCGACCCUACGCAGUCACAGCUGUGUUUAAGAAAUAUGUCAGGAAAGAAGUACACCUUAAGGGAUUUUCUGAGGCCGGCAUAGAGUUGUUUAUGAAGAAACAUCACGAUGACCCAGAAAUCUCGAGGAGAAUUGUUAGUUUGGUGAAAGCCAAUUCUUCUCUGCUUGGCUUAUGCCAUAUCCCAGUCUUCAGUUGGAUUGUUUCAACAUGCCAUAAGGAGCUUUUCCUGAAUUCAUUUAAUUCCCCACAGACGAUAACUGAUAUGUAUUUUUUAACUCUAAAACAUUUUCUUCAGCAUGCUGCACCAGGACAAAAAUUUGUAGACAACCUUCUAGAACAGAGAAUAAACUCAAUUAGGCACUUGGGAAAAUUAGCUUUGACUGGCCUUUGUCAUGGAUUAUUUGUGUUUUCCCAUCAACAAAUUGUUGAUGCAGAGGUCAACGAACAAGACAUAUCCUUGGGAUUCCUUAUCCUUUCCAAAAAUGUUUCUCUGGACAAUACCUUUUCGUCCCAGCACUAUGAAUUCAUCCAUACCACGUUCCAGUGCUUCUUUGCGGCAUUAUAUAUUGCGGUGAGUGAUGACGUGAAAACGCGUUUUAUAAAAUCCGUAUUUAACUGGACUCCAAAAAGCAGCACGUUGGCAGAAAAGUUUCGGCACCUACGUGCACAGGAGAAUAACACAACCUCAAUUAAGGAUAUGGACAUUCAAAAUCUUCAGAUCACAGCCAACUUCGUAGCUGGACUGUUUUCUCAAAGGCUUUACAAAUUGAUUACCAAGUCCUGGCAGCCCCAGAACCUGUCUAGAAAGCUCACAGUCGUCACAAAGUGUUUGUCUAAAGCUAUCCAUAAACACUUUAAGUCAAUUCCCCCGGCUGUAAAGGGGGAGGCUAAAACCAUGCAUGCCAUGCCGCAGUUUGUCUGGCUUGUAAAGUGUAUUUAUGAAAUGCAGAACACUGACUUGUCUAGAAAAGCAGUUGUAGGCCUUGAGGUGGACCACUUGAAGAUGACGUUUUGUGGGAUAGGUCCUGCUGAAUGCACAGCACUUGCAUAUGUUCUGAAACAUUUAAAGAGCCCAAGUGGAAUUCAGCUUGACCACAAUUCUGUUGGUGACACUGGAAUUGAUCAGCUUCUCCCUUGUCUUCACAUCUGCAAGGCUUUGUACUUAAGAGACAAUAAUAUUUCAGAUAAAGGAAUUUGCAAACUUCUAGACCAAGCAACGCGUUGGCCAAACUUCCAAAAAAUUGCAUUAUUCAACAACAAGCUGACCGAUGAAUGUGCAGGAUCUUUUGCAAAUUUGUUAAAACACAAGCAAAACUUUUUGGCGUUACGGUUGGGCAAUAACUUUAUCACAGAGGCUGGUGCUGUGGUAUUGGCAGAAGGUUUAAGAGAAAACAAGUCUAUCCAAUUUUUGGGGUUCUGGGGCAAUAGAGUGGGAGAUAUUGGAGCCGAGGCAAUAGCAGUCGCUUUACGUAACAACAAGAGUUUGAUCUGGCUCAGUUUGGUGGCAAACAACAUUGGGAGCCCGGGAGCACAAGCUUUAGCUGCCAUGCUGCAGGAGAACACCGCUUUAGAAGAGCUUUGUCUUGAAGAAAAUAAUAUCCAAGAUCAGGAUGUUAUCUUAUUUGCAGAAGCAUUAAAGAAAAAUAGAACGUUGAAGGUUUUAAAGUUGUCUAAAAACUGCAUUGGCGUACAAGGAGUCUCCGCUUUAGCCGAAGCUCUGCAGCACAACAGUACGAUUACAUCCAUCUGGCUCAAUGGAACUAAUCUUACAUCUGAAGAGGUGCAGAAAUUUUACAAGCUGGAAUGCCGCCUGUCUUUAUAAUGUAUACAAAUUCAUGGGAAAUAGACAUAUUUAUUUUGUAAUGUUUUUUUGGUACAACUCAUGCUGGAAGUCCAAUAAGUAAUGUUUAUAGACCAAAAAUGUAGGAAAAGAGAAGUAUUCAGACUAUGGGGACAAUUAAAAUGUUGGAUGUUUUAUGGUAGAUACAUUGGGUAGCAUGGGGGUCACACAAGACUACAGAGGAAUUGAAAGGAAGAAUGAAACAAAUAAAAAGGAAACAUCAAGAAACUGUGUGGGAAUAAACGGUGACAUCUAAAGAUCCCUUUUGUGAACAUGUCGUCCAUGUUACCAACAUCAAGUGAUAAUGAAAGCAAACGGAACCGAAGAGUUAAAAAGAUCAAAUGUGUGA